AACGGUACCAGUCAGACCCCGCGACACGGCGUAAACGGAGAGAAUAUCUGACCAAUCAGGGGGCUGAGCGCGUACACGGAGAGAAUAUCUGACCUAUCUAAGGGGGUGAGCUCCGCCGCCAGUCACCGCGCCACGGAGCUACCGGAGCCGGCUACAGGAGGCGGCAGACUGCUCUUCAUGUGGACGCGGAGGCCCGUCUGAACACCAAGACCCCGCGGAACGCAGCGUUAUACCGGCUCUACUCACAAGGGUGAAGGCAGAGGAGAACCAUGGCAGAGCCGAAUGCCAGCCGUCCCCAGAGGAAGAUGUCUACGGCCGGGGAGAGUCUGUACAAGGUGCUGGGCCUUGAGAAAGGAGCUUCUCUGGAGGACAUCAAGAAGGCCUACAGGAAGCUAGCAUUGAGGUACCACCCGGACAAGAACCCGGACAACCCCGAGGCAGCAGACAAGUUCAAGGAGAUCAACAACGCCAACUCCAUCCUGAACGACGACACUAAGCGGAAGAUCUACGAUGAAUACGGCUCCAUGGGGCUGUACGUCUCCGAGCAGUUUGGAGAGGACAGUGUCAAGUACUACUUCCUCAUGUCCAAAUGGUGGUUCAAGAGUCUGGUGCUGUGCUGCACAGUGUUCUCGUGUUGCUGCUGCUGCUGCUGCUGUUGUUUCUGCUGUGGGAAAUGCAAGCCGCCAGAAGACGACGGGAACUACCAGUAUGUCGACCCCGAAGACCUUGAGGCCCAGAUCAAAGCUGAGCAGGACGGAGGGAACACCGUAAUCAUAGUCCAGCCCCCGACCAGUCCAAGUUCAGAAGACCCAGACAGCCAGGCCCCCCCUGUCCAUCCUCUGCCCAUGCCCCCUCUCUCGUCGCCCGCCAGCCCGGCGGGGGCAGAGAACCCCAGCGAGACGCUGCCGCAGUCCAAAUGACUCGAAGAUGAGCGCCUGCUGGCCAGGGCAGGUGCGCGAGCCCCCAUCGUGAUCCAGCCGCCUCCCACCACCCAAAGAGGCGGCGAGCCCCCCAGGCCCAACGCCAGCCACCCUGCUGCCACCACACCCAAGACCUGAUCCCUGAGCCCCGGCUGCAGAACCCCCUCGGUUGAGCUCGUCCUCGGGGUGCUUAGCCAUUCCUUCUUUUAGUUUUGAUAAACAGUCUACUGUCGAUAUCCCCGUUGUUUCUUUAGGUUGGCUGAGACCAGACGAGUUGAUGUUUUGAUGGGUCUGAGCGGAUUAUUCUUUUUUUAAGAAGUCUUGAGCCAACUGCUUGAGUUCAGUUCCCUAGCCUAGCAGCAUGAGAUGAGAUGAGACACGGAUCCAGCUGGGGUUACUCAGAGGCCAUCUAUCUUCACCCCCCCCCCCCCUCCCACCUGUACCUUGGUCCUUCCUGGUUACCCCACGGGCUCAACAGCAGGACGGUGUAAGGCUGCGGGGGACCACACCGUCUACCAGGGGGCUUUCCAGUGUGUGCACUGUGUGUGACGCCCAAUCAUUGUCCAAACUCUGAGCCAGAAGGGGACACGAGGAGAGGAGGCCCACCUAUUUGUGCAUGUGUGACUUCCCUAAAUGCAUGCCACCUGAAAGCAUGGGACUCUUUUCAUGAUCCCUACUCACAUACACAUGCAUACAAGGUAUUACCUCUCCCCAAGAACCACACUGCAACAAACAUUAACACCAGCCCCAAAAUGUCUAACCUGUGCCAUCUUUCAGUAAAGAAAAUACUCAAAAUAUACCCGAGAAACGGCCUCAACUCUUCCAGUAAUUAUCUUCAGUACUAAUGAAACCUGUGGGUACACAAAACAAAACAUAUGAAUAUAAAGAUUCUGUACACACUUUACACUAGGGUUUUAACAGGAUCAGUGCAUGUUUGAUUUUAAACCUUUACUCCUCUAAUAAUGACCCUGUAAAUGUCUUUCCCUCCAACCAAAGCCUCUGCCCUGCGAUGCUCCCUGGAGGAAGUAGAUCUCCAUGAUGCUACUUGCAGGAUUUUUGAUUUAUUUUUUAGGCUAUCAGGUCUAUGCACUUAGGUCAACUGAGAUGCGGUUAUAAUUUCUUGUCUUAAUGAUAUAAUUUUUGGCCACAGGAGGAUUGGUAGUGUUGUAAACUGUUAUUCUUCCAUGUCUAGGUCUUCUUUUUUAGUGUAGCUUGUCUGUGUUGCAGGUUAAGAUGACCAACGGUUGAAAUGUAAGGCAUUAUUUAUCUGUCACACCUCUGAGAAAUAGAGAUUUGAAGCUCUGGAAGAGGGACUUUGUGGCCAUCAUAUGUCCCACAAUGACAUACACUAAUUGAAAUCAAUAAUGGUACUAAUUGUAAGAUGAACUCUGAAGGCCACUCAGAGUAUGGUGUAUGUGGUCCCUCUAUUUUUCCCUUAACUUUCAUCAGUAAUGACUAGUGGCUAGUCCUUCUCCAUAAUGUACUGAUGUUGCCUCGUCCAUCAGUUUUAGCCUAGCUGCUGCAGAACCUUUCUUCAGUGUGUGUUGGGGCCAGGUGUUCGGCUAUAGGUGUCCUUUUAUAAUGCAACGUCCGUCUGUUGGGAUUUUAUUUGACACCUAAUUCAUUCCCAUGGUUUGGUCACCCAUAAACACAGUCACCAAAGCUUAGAGACGUAUACAACACAUCACACUCAGAGGGCUAGGAGCCAGCUGAGUGUGAUGUUUGUCCUGCUGUAGCAGAUGGAUUUAAGCAUAAUUUGCAUAUGGGAAGCUUGUUCAAUGAGCAUACACACAAUACAGCCCACUAAGUUGAUCCAUUGAUGUAGUUCUUCUUCCUACCCCCUGUUUCCCUGUGGUGAAUCAGCCAGUGCUGUAUGCGAUCUAAUUUCAUGUCUACAUUAGCCUAAUUGGUCAACAAAGAAUUCAAAUGAGCUACAAGAAUUUCCCAUCAAAAGCUAAACUUUCAAGUCUACUGUAAUGACCUCAUCACCUCAUCAUCCACAGACGUUGACAUGAUAUAGUCGGUAUUGUUUAGUUUUUUGAUAAUGAAAUCAAAGUAAAGAAUUAAUUAUGUUUCAUUCACAUGAAAUAUGACUAUAUUGCUAAACUUCUGUCAUGAUUUUUUUAUAAUUGUUUGAUAAUUGUAAAUAGUUUAAGAGUGCAUAGAUGUAUUAAAACAAGAUCUUUCCAAAUCCUUGUCAAUAGAGGUGGUGUUGAUGUUUUCUUCUCGUGUAUUUAUGUCCAAUGAAGAUAAACGGGGGUUGGGGGGGGAUUUAUCAUCUCUCCAAGAUCAAUCACUUUCAUACCCCUUUGCCAAUGAAAAGCAUGAAAAUAACGAUAUAAAUUGUCUGAAUUCUCAAUUUAUAUAAUUUUUUGGUCGUUUUUUUUUUGAGUUUGUUGAAUGAGUGAAUGUGCAAGGAAGUAGGGAGACGCACUUCAAUGGUGUGGAGGAAUAUAGUGUUGGGAACCAAGAGGUCAACGGCUCGACCACACUGAGACCGUCUGGUCGUUCUGUUUCUUGCUUUGGUCAGUACAGCUCCUGGUGGACAUUAUGUCAAUGUAUUUAUAUCAUGAAAACCGGUCAAAUAAAAGGGAGAUUUUCUAAGGAAAUG